GAGAAAAGAGGAGAUUUCAAAAUACAAAAACUAUUGAAGAUAAUUACAAUCAUAUGAUUUGAAUGAAGCUAAAAAUUUUAAUUGAUUCAUUAAAGGAAGAUUUUUCUAAGAAGAAUUUGAUGUAGGAGACAGCAAAUAAGAAUAAAAUUUUAAGAAUGGAAUUAACUAGCCCUCAACUAUUUAAAAAGAUUAUUAGAGAUUAUCGUUUGAGAGACCUAUAUCAAAGGAUAUAAAAUAUAGUUUAAUCUAUGAUACAAGUAGAUGAUGUAGAGAAGUAUUCAAUCAAUAGGUAUGAUAAGGUCAUCAUCAGAUAUACAAAAGGAAAGUUAGGGAAAUCUAUGAUCUGAAGUAGUAAAGACAUAAAGUAUUUAUAUAAUAUCGGGAAUAAUAUGGCAGAAAUUAUUAUAAAGAAG